UGACAGUACUGAAACCACAUUUGGAAAUCAGCUGUUCCAACUCACGUAAAUUACACAAUAAUUGUGAUUUUUUAAAAGAAAUCAAUGAACCACAAAUGUAAAAGCAACUGAAUUAACGGUUUAAUGCGAAAUGUUGAAAGUGAAUAGAAUAUUUCAACUGGGCAGCACUCUGCGGCACCGGCAAUUUUACACCGGCAUUACGAGAUUGAAGCGGCGAAAAACUGCAGAAGAGAAGAAAUCCCCUAGAAUUAUAGAGUAUUCGCCCAAGAAGUUGCAGCCAAACAAUGUAGCGCCUGCAAACAGCGCCAUAGACAUUUGGAGACACAUGAGCGUCUCACAGCUGGCGAAGACGUUGCAACGACCUUUGGAUGAUGUACAGGAGGCUAUGCUCUAUGUGCGCGGAGCAGACAACAUUGAGGCUGCUGCCAAGCUGGAAGAUCUUAAGAUUAUUCAGGAAAUUGCAAAGAAACUUGGCGUAAAAACACGAGUUAUCGCCGCGCCUGAAAUAGCUGCCGAGGAGGAGCACAAGGAGCGUGAUGUGUCCCCCAGACCGCCUGCUCCGGCGGAGCUGCUCAAGCAACGUCCGCCUGUGGUAACUGUGAUGGGUCAUGUGGAUCACGGCAAGACCACGUUGCUGGAUUCACUGCGUGGCGCCGAUGUUGCAGCUGGAGAAGCUGGUGGUAUUACCCAGCAUAUUGGCGCCUUCACAGUUACUCUGGAGAGCGGAGAAAGAGUUACCUUCCUGGAUACGCCGGGUCAUGCGGCAUUUAGUGCAAUGCGAGCUAGAGGAGCUGUUGCAACCGAUAUAAUUGUACUUGUGGUGGCUGCCGAGGAUGGCGUCAUGGCCCAAACUCGCGAGGUCAUUCAACUGGCCAAAGAGGCUCUGGUGCCCAUAAUCGUGGCGCUAAACAAGAUUGACAAACCCGAGGCAAAUAUUGAGAAAAGCAAACGGGAAUUGGCACAAAUGGGCUUGGCGCUGGAGGAGCACGGUGGCGAUGUCCAAGUCAUACCAAUUUCAGCUCUCAAGGGCACCAACUUGCAGCUGCUGGCUGAAGCUGUCAGCACUCAGGCUACAUUAAUGGGCCUUAAAGCAGAUCCCACAGGACUGGUUGAGGGCAUCGUCGUCGAGUCCAAGACGGAUCCACGACGCGGCAAACUAUCCACGGCUAUUGUCUCGCGCGGCACGUUGCGAAAGGGUUCGAUCUUGGUGAGCGGCCUGUCACAUGCCAAGGUGCGUGGACUAUUUGAUCACAAUGGUCAACCGAUGAUAGAGGCUCCUCCAGGUACGCCAGUGGAAAUCCUCGGCUGGCGAGAGCUGCCACUUGCCGGUGAGUUGAUACUGGAGGUGGAAUCGGAGAAAAAGGCGCAUGCUGUUGUGAAGUAUCGCGAGCACCAGGCUCAGCAGGAGAAGAUCGAAUCGAGCAGCGAUGAGAUUCGUAAAAAGGAGGAGGAGCAUCAGGCCAAGUACCGAGCGGAGCGCGAGGCUCGCCGACUGGCUGGAAGGUUUAGAGUGCGAGGAGGUCAGAGGGUUAAACAGGUUGAUCCGAAUGAUGGUUGUCCCCGAGUCAGUGUCAUCAUCAAGGGUGAUGUGCACGGAUCUGUGGAGGCCUUACUGGAUGUACUUGAAACUUACAAUAGCAAUGAUCGCUGCCGCCUGGACAUUGUGCAUUAUGGCGUGGGCAAUGUCACAGAAGGUGACCUUGAGCUGGCUAAGGCCUUUAAUGCCAUCAUCUAUGCGUUUUCUGUGGAAACACCACAGCCAAAGUUGGCCAGGGAUGUGACUGUGAAGAGUUACAAUGUCAUUUAUCAUCUGAUUGAUGAUCUAAAGGAGCAGCUCAGCAGCAAACUGCCAUCUGUAGAGGUCGAGGAGCAACUUGGCGAAGCCAAUGUGCUGCAACACUUCUUCAUCAAUGAGGGACGCAAGGAGAUUCCUGUCGCUGGCUGCCGUUGCACCAAAGGCGUUCUCAAGAAAAGCCAAAGGUUUCGGCUUCUCAGAGAUGGAGAGAUUAUUUACGAUGGCGCCUUGGAGUCGAUGCGGCAUUUGAAAAACGAGGUGGAUUCGAUUAAGAAAGAUGUGGAAUGUGGAUUGCGGCUUAAGGACACGAAGGUGUUGCCACAAGCGGGCGACACAUUGCAAUGCUAUACGACGCACAUGGAAGCACAGCAAACGGAUUGGGAUCCUGGUUUCUAGUGACUUUGCCGCUUGAGAGCAGACUUUCUAUUGUUUGCCGCUUAUUUUGUUAUCAGCUUUACAUAUAUCUAUAGUUUUGUAUUAUAUAUUGUGUAUAUAAACCGAAUCCCAUUAUCCGACUUCCUGUUGAUCUUACUGCUGCUACUGCCACCCUUCACCCACAUGCCUUGUGCUUAGGAUAACGUCGCUGCCGCAGCGAAACUGUCGCUGAUAAGCCGUUAGCAACCGCUGCGACAACCACGACGGCGACGCAGACUGCGACUGAGAGCGCCCCUGGCUGUCCAUGUGCAUGCCAUGACGGAAGCUGCCUAAAUGGGUCAAAGCAAUCCUAAUUGGAGUUCACCCACACCAAGGCAUAGGCUGAGAAUCUAACCAGACCAGACCAGACCAGAGCGUUUUCUUCUUGCUUUUCUGAUAAACGAUUUCCGUUGAGGGUGGCCAAUUAGCGCUUAGUUCUACAGUCAACAUUCAUGAAUGAAUGCUUUUUAUUUAAACCACAUCGCAUAUUAUACAUAUUAUUUAAUAUAAUCGCAAUUCUGUAUUAAAUGUUUGCCUUGAA